AUGUCCGGAACAUUGGCGGUUGUCAGCCAAUCUGGCAGUACCAUCAGCUUCUUCGACCUUGCGUCGGGCGAAAGAACGGCAUACAUGACAGACCUCAUCUCAGAACCGCAUGAGCUCCUAUUCGACAGCAAAAGAAAUGUCAUGUACUGCAGCCACGCCUACCAUCAUGGACACUUCUGGACGCAUGGGGACAACCGCCAUCAAAUCUCUGUCAUUGACCCGGACAAGAAAGAGGUGAUUGAUGUCAUUGAAACAAAACCGGCACUCGGCCCUCAUGGUCUCGUCCUCGAUGCGGAACGGGAUAUUCUGUGGUCCAGCUAUGAAGAGCACGAAACUGGCUCCAGCGGAGGAGUGAUUGGGAUCGACCUGGAGACCCGCAAGGUCAUCAAGCAAGCCGAGAGCUCGACCAAGACGCAUUGGUUCGUGGUGACACCUGACGGGAAAAAGGCCUUCACCUGCAACAAGACCGCGGAUUUCAUCUCCGUUCUUGACUUGUACAACGAACGGAUGAUAGGAAAGAUCGAAACCCCCGGAGGGUCAGAAGAGUGUAGCAUCUCGCUUGACGGAAAGCAUGCCUACUUUCCGACCCCCGGCGCUUCACUAAGCAACAUCCCAGAGAACCCCGAAGUUCUGGUCAUUGACACUGCGACCGACAAGAUUGUUGACAGGAUCCCACUGGAACAUCCGGCCCUGUCAACAUAUGUUGCCGGAGACGGCAAAAUCCUCGUCGGCGAGUAUCUCUCUGCCGAGGGCUCGGGCUUCGAGGGCCGGCUGGCCGUGUACGAUUCGCAAACACACAAGCUUGUUGGCAAAACCAAGAUUGGAAGUGUGCCAUUGACUCUGCGUGCUUCUCCGGACGGCAAGCUUGGAUUCACGGCGAAUAUCUUCGCUGGAUCGGUGUCCGUGGUCAACAUGUCAACGGUGGAAGUCAUCAAGACGCUCGUGGUGGACACCGAGCGCAGCAAGUUCUCGAAUUUGUGUCAAGGUGCUCAUGGAAUGGUUCAUUUCCCCUGA